AUGUCAAGCCCACCUGCCAACUCCCUUCUCAACCUCCUCAACCCGUACGCGUCCGUCGCGCAGUCAUCCUACCCUCGCGAUAGGUCUCAAUCGCGUGAACGGUCCCGCGACCCGCUCGACUCGCCCAGCAACGAGCUCCUCCGCGAACUGCAGAGUGACACUGUUAGGUCGCCCCCCACCUCGCCGACGCCUACACCGCGUUCGCCCUUUGGCCGCAAUCCCGCCGACGACACGAGUAGCGACGACGAACCACCGCCCUCACUCCUCUUCCAGACCAACGCUAUCAAGGGGAAGGGGAGAGUUACGAGCCCAAGCCCAGGACCAUGGAGACGACGGCCGAGUAAUAGUUCCUCGAGUACUAGCCGCAAGUCCUCGCCUGAACGGACCAAGGUGGUCAAGGUUCCUUUAGAGGAUUUGAAGCGCGUCGAGUCGACUGCAUCCACCGCCACCGCGUCUACCGAGAGCCCAUCCACCGAAACCCCGACGCCAAGUACUACCUCGGACCCGCCAGCGCCUCCAAAGACACCACCCACACCAGGUCCUAGCCGGCGGCUCAAAGGAAGGGGGAAACACAAGUACCAUGCCGUGCCGUCUGGCGAGCCUGACCGUGCGCGGCCGGCGAACCCCCGCAGGGCUGGGUUGAGCGAUUACAACCAGGCGCUGUGGGCGUGGGCGAAUGUCGUCAACUUGGAUGCUUUCCUCCAGGAAGUAUACGAGUACUACAAGAACAAGGGGUACUGGUGCAUCGUGCUCGCUCAGGUGCUCAAUCUCAUCACGAUCGGAUUUGUGAUCGGCUUCUUCAAGUUUCUCACGAGCUGUGUCGACUAUGGGAAGCUGCUCAGCUUCCAUUCCGACUUUGGCGAGCACGGGCGACUCAACGACGUGCUCGUGAACCAGUGUAUGGCCCGCGGCGGGUUCUUCCACUGGGUCUUCUUUAUCUCGGGAUGUGCGUUCUUCGUUCUGCGCCUCCUCUUCUUCAUCCGGAACAUCCCACGCCUCAACGCACUCUGGCGCUUCUACACCCACCUCCUGGGCGUCCAAGAUUCCGAUAUCCAGACCAUGCCAUGGCCCACAAUUGUGCACCUUGUAAACGAGGUCAAGAAGGACAACCCGGUUACGUCUCUGUCGAACGGUGGUGCGAAUGCGCUCGCCACGAUGGUUGGCCGCGCCGAGCCCAAGGCCAAGCUCGACGCUCACGACAUCGCCAACCGCGUCAUGCGGCAGGAAAACUACCUCAUCGCGCUCUUCAACAAAGACCUGUUAGACUUACGCGUCCGCAUCCCCGUCCCUGCGUCGAUGCGAAAGAUCAUUCCGCCUUCAUUCCUAAGUGGGCCACCGCAGGCCACCCUCCCCAAGACUACGGGCACCGAGGAGAUGCAGCACCUCACUUUCGGGGGCAACGUUCUCACGCUCGCGCUCGAGCACAACCUCCGGGUGUCCUUGUUCUCGUUCGUCUUCGGGCCCACUGGCGAGGUGCGCAAGGAGGUCGUACACGGCAAAGGCCGCAGGGAUCUUGUGACAAGCCUCCAGCGUCGCUUCGUCCUCGCGGGCCUGCUCAACCUCCUCUUCGCGCCAGUGAUCGUACUGUACAUCUUAGUCUACUCAUUCUUCCGGUACUUUGAGGAGUACCACAAGAACCCGUCAUCAAUGGGAGGACGACAGUACACCCUCUACGCACAGUGGAAGUUCCGCGAGUUCAACGAGCUUCCUCACCUCUUUGAACGCCGCCUUAACCAGAGUUAUCCCAUUGCCAAGGAAUACAUCGACCAGUUCCCCAAGGAACGCACAGCGCUGAUCAUGCGUUUCGUUGCCUUCGUUGCUGGCGCGUUUGCUGCCGUUCUCGCUGUCGUGUCCAUCCUCGACACCGACUUGGCACUGAACUUUGAGAUCACGCCGCACCGCUCGAUUGUCUUCUACCUCGGUAUCUUCGGGAUCAUCAUGGCGGUCGCGCGGGGCAUGAUCCCAGAGGACACGCUGGUCUUUGACCCUGAGUACCUUAUGCGCGAGGUGGUGCGGUAUACGCACUACCUUCCGCACGAGUGGGAGGGCAAGCUGCACUCACCAGCGGUCCUGGUGGACUUUGGCCAGCUCUUUGCGCUCAAAGUCAUGAUAUUCGUACAGGAGAUAGUCUCGGUGCUCCUCACACCCUUCAUCCUCUGGUUCAGCUUGGCGCCAUCGAGCGGCGCGAUCAUCGACUUUUUCCGAGAGUUCACUGUGCACGUCGAGGACCUGGGCUUUGUCUGCUCGUUUGCGGUCUUCGACUUCCAUCGGCCUGGCAACAUUGGGCCUGAGGCGGCUGCGGCUGCAGCGGCGAUUGAGGAGGCUCCAGCUGCGGGGCUCGGGCGGCGUUUGAGUACACGCCCCGCAACCUCUGCCCCGCCCCCAUCUUCCCGCAACGUAAACGAUUACAAGAUGGAGAAGAGCUUCUUACACUUCAAGGCGACGAACCCAGACUGGCAGCCCAGUGACCCAGCUUCGUCUGUCUUCCUGGACCGUCUCAUGGCAGCUGACCCACAUGGCGGCCAGCCGGCAACCCGUGCUGGUGGUUCGAUGUACCACGGCGGCAGGGGACUGGGUCUGGGCGUACACCCGAGCAAGAUCCUCCGCUCACCUCCCUCCAGAUCUCCCGAGACAAGGUGGCACACUCUCCCUGGUGUUGUGCAACCUCCUGUGCCACUGGCGACGAUGGCGGAGAGCAACGAAGAUGACGGCGAGGCCGAAGCCAUGGGUUGGAACCGGCGUGUGGAUGUCGACGACAGCGUGCCAGAGGGCGACCGAGGACUGCUGCGCGGCGCCGGCAUCCUUUUGCAGCAGGUGAUGAACCGUUAG